CAGUUGUACAAUGAUUUUUCGUAUUUGUACCGAACUUUGGCACCGCACACGAGGACUUAUUUUUUCGAUAACUGAGAAAAACCGACUCUCCGAACUUGAGGGUGUAUAAUCAAAGGACGUCUGUUUCGACGAAGUUCGGAAACUAUGGAUGAAAAAAAUAUCAAGUUACGAUCGUUGAAUAAAUCACUGCCGAAAACAACUGCGCUAAAGUCAUAUUCCGUACCCGCCGAAUGAAUAAUGCGAAUCAUUGAAAAUUCCCGCUUGAUUACAUAAGAAAUGCGAUUCGGGCGUGCGGCAUGCACGUUAUUAUUCGACGCUGUGCAUAAUUAAUAAUCUACAAAAAUAGAAGUGCCUCGGGAAUCGUGUUCUCGACACAUGCCACGAGAUAAAGACCUUCUUCUGCCCGUACAUAAAUCCGAAGAUAUCGCGUACCGAUUCGAACGGCUUUCGUGCGACGCUCAGUCGACGCCAACAGCUCGGAGAUAGAGUUGCUCCAGCUGUAAGACGGCUUUACAACGCCACUAAAAAGUGCUUCAAAGUUUCGAAUAAUUGAAUCUCGAAGUUUGUUUAAAGAAAUAUAAUAAGGAGAUUUUGGAACUCGAAGUCAGAUGCUUCAGUGACAAUUGUUCGAGCGAGUUGAAUCUUCGUUUCAUAAAAAUCAUCGUACUCUUCGGAGUGCGUACAGUUCGUCAGGCGAAUAUCUGUUUUUUUCUUUUGCUCGAUUUUUGUACGGACUGGCCUGUUUUCUCAUUACUCGAGCGUAUUUUUACAGUUAUCUCAAUCCGUUCGGAUAACAACCUCAGUAAAAUGAGCCCGAGUCCGACGUUGCUGAGCAAGGAGAUUCCCGACAUCGAGAAUCUCUUGAGCCUCAAUCCGAAGAUAAAAAAUUACACGAAUCUUGUGCCUUCGGUUCAGACGAAAAAGAACAAGCAGCAUUGGAAGCGAAAUGCCAGUAAAAAAUGCGGAAGUUGCGCCCCGUUGACGAAGAACUUCGACGACAUCAAACACACGACGCUGAGCGAAAGAGGGGCCCUGAAGGAAGCGGCGCGAUGCUUGAAAUGCGCCGAUGCCCCUUGCCAGAAAUCAUGCCCCACCCAGCUGGACGUGAAAAGUUUUAUAACGUCGAUUUCCAACAGAAAUUAUUACGGCGCCGCGAAGGCUAUCCUUUCCGAUAAUCCUCUAGGACUCACCUGCGGUAUGGUAUGCCCUACCAGUGACCUCUGCGUAGGAGGAUGCAAUUUAUUCGCCACCGAAGAGGGACCCAUCAAUAUCGGAGGGCUGCAGCAAUUCGCGACCGACGUAUUCAAACAGAUGAAGAUUCCGCAGACGAGAAUUCCCGGGCAAAGCGUUGAGCACGCCGAUACCAAGAUCGCGCUGAUCGGUUGCGGGCCAGCCUCGAUAUCUUGCGCAACUUUUUUAGCGAGACUCGGGUACAACGACCUGACUAUAUUCGAAAAGGAAUCGUUCUUCGGCGGGCUGAGUUCCUCCGAAAUACCACAGUAUCGUCUGCCCUACGAAGUCAUUCAAUUCGAAGUUGAUCUGAUGAAGGAUUUGGGCGUUAAAGUAGAAUUCGGUAAAGCGCUCUCGAAGAAGGAUCUGACAAUCGAUGGGCUCAAGAAAUCGAAUUACAAGGUCGUAUUCGUAGGAAUAGGUCUUCCGGAACCGAAACUCAUUCCGAUAUUCAAGGAUCUAACCGAGGAGAUGGGGUUCUAUACGUCAAAAACCUUUCUACCGAUGGUAGCGAAGGGCAGCAAGGCAGGAAUGUGCGCGUGUAAAAGCCCUAGCUUGCCUUCUCUGCACGGAAACGUGAUCGUCCUUGGCGCAGGAGACACAGCCUUCGAUUGCGCCACGUCGGCUCUGCGCUGCGGAGCCAAAAAAGUCUUCGUUGUAUUCAGAAAAGGGUUUACAAACAUCCGCGCAGUUCCGGAGGAGAUGGAUUUAGCACGGGAGGAGAAAUGCGAGUUCGUACCGUUUCAAUCGCCAAAAAAGGUGAUUACCCGAGGAGGAAAAAUUGCCGCCAUUGAAUUUCUCCGGACCGAACAACUCGAUAACGGAGAAUGGAUCGAAGACGAGGAUCAGGUGGUUCGUUUGAAGGCGGAUUUCGUCAUCUCUGCUUUCGGAUCCGCAUUAUACGACCCAGAUGUAAAAGAAGCGAUGGCGCCCGUGAAACUGAAUCGAUGGGGUUUGCCGGAAGUCGACGUCGAUACAAUGGCCACUUCUGAGCCUGGUGUAUUUUGCGGUGGAGACAUUGCCGGUGUUUCCGAAACGACGGUGGAGUCCGUUAACGAUGGAAAAACAGCCGCAUGGAAUAUUCACAAAUACAUUCAGGAAUCCGCGGGUAAUACCGUGCCCGACGAACCCCAGCUACCGAAGUUUCACACUCCGAUCGAUGAUGUCGAUAUAAGCAUUGAAAUUCUUGGCAUGAAGUUUGAAAACCCUUUCGGACUCGCUUCCGCACCACCGGCUACAUCGAGCGCGAUGAUAAGAAGAUCGUUUGAAGCCGGAUGGAGUUUCGCCGUGACAAAAACCUUCGCUCUUGACAAAGACAUGGUCACCAACGUAUCCCCUCGCAUCGUGAGAGGGACAACUUCCGGUCCCAAUUACGGCCCGCAACAAGGAAGUUUUCUUAACAUCGAAUUGAUCAGUGAAAAGUCGCAAGCCUAUUGGUGCAACAGCGUGACGGAAUUGAAACGUGAUUUCCCGACAAAAAUAAUAAUCGCCAGCAUCAUGUGCUCCUACAACAAAUCCGACUGGACGGAGCUUGCACAAAAAGCUGAAGCGUCCGGUGCAGAUGCCUUGGAAUUAAAUCUCUCCUGUCCUCACGGUAUGGGGGAAUCAGGGAUGGGUCUCGCCUGCGGACAGGAUCCCGUACUGGUCCGGAACAUUUCCAGGUGGGUGAGGGCGGCUGUGAAAAUCCCUUUCUUCGUGAAACUCACGCCGAACAUUACCGACAUCGUGUCGAUAGCGCGCGCAGCUCACGAAGGUGAAGCUGACGGAGUAUCAGCCAUCAACACCGUUCAGGGUCUGAUGGGAAUUAGAGCGGAUGCGACCCCGUGGCCGGCGGUGGGUAGCGUCAAAGCGACGACGUACGGCGGAGUGUCUGGAAAUGCGACAAGACCGCAGGCUCUAAGAGCAAUAUCGUCGAUAGCUCGAGAGCUUCCCGGUUUCCCUAUUCUGGGAAUAGGAGGUAUCGAUUCCGCGGAUGUUUCGCUUCAAUUCCUCCAGUGCGGUGCAUCGGUUUUACAGAUCGGUAGCGCGAUACAGAAUCAGGACUUCUCUUUGAUCGACGACUACGCGAACGGACUGAAGACCCUGUUGUACCUGAAAAGUUUGGAGCAAGUCAAAGAAUGGGACGGCCAAAGCCCGCCUACGUUCAAACACCAGAAAGGAAAAGAAGUCGUCUCGCUGAAACACGCUUUGGGAAAAAGCAUUCCGUAUUACGGUGAGUACCAGCGACUUCGGGAACAAAAAAUUGCUGAACUCAAAGCUUCGGCCGAACUACCGGGAAAUCCACCGCCUCCCUCCAGACCCGCACCACGUCCGGUCGCCAGAGUUCCAGCGCUGAAGGACGUAAUUGGAAAAGCUCUGCCGCACAUCGGGAACUACAAGCAACUGGACAACAAGCAACAAGUCGUUGCCUUGAUCGAUGACGACAUGUGCAUCAAUUGUGGCAAGUGUUACAUGGCGUGUGCAGAUUCUGGAUACCAGGCGAUAACCUUUGACUCGGAGACGCACAUUCCUCACGUAACAGACGACUGCACAGGCUGUACACUUUGCUUGUCCGUCUGUCCGAUCAUCGAUUGUAUAAGUAUGGUUCCUAAAACGAUACCCCACGUAAUCAAGCGAGGAAUUCCACCCGUGGGAUUCAACGGAUUGCCGAAGGACUUGCAAUGUCAAUAAUCACCGGACUCGGUCUACUUGCCUAAGGACACAUGUAUAUCGCUCAUUAUGCUGUUAUGAAUUAAUUAAAAUCUGCAUAAAAAUUA